AUGUCUCAGGCUGUGCAAACAAACGGAACUCAACCAUUAAGCAAAACAUGGGAACUCAGUUUAUAUGAGUUACAAUGAACACCCCAAAAAGAAAAGAAAAGAAAACCUGAAAUUGUGGUUUCACCUCGAAGUCUACACAGUGAUUUAAUGUGCCCAAUUUGUUUGGAAAUGUUGAAGAACACCAUGACUACAAAGGAGUGUUUACAUCCUUUCUGUGCAGACUGCAUCAUCAUAGCCCUUAGAAGCGGCAACAGAGAAUGUCUUACCUGUCGGAAAAAACUAGUUUCCAAAAGAUCACUAAGGCCAGACCCAGACUUUGAUGCCCUCAUCAGCAAAAUUUAUCCAAGUCAUGAUAAGUAUGAAACUCAUCAAGAUAGAGUAUUAGCCAGGAUCAGCAAGCACAAUAAUCAGCAAGCACUCAGUCACAGCAUUGAGGAAGGACUGAAGAUACAGGCUAUGAACAGACUGCAGCGACGCAAGAAACAACAGAUUGAAAAUGGUAGUGAAGCAGAAGAUAAUGGUGACACUUCACACUGUAGUAAUGCCUCCACACAUAGCAAUCACGAAGCAGGCCCUAGUAACAAACGGACCAAAACAACUGAUGAUUCUGGGCUUGAGCUUGAUAAUAACAAUGCAGCAAUGGAAAUUGAUCCAGUAAUGGAUGGCACUAGUGAAACUGAAUUAGUAUUUAGGCCUCAUCCCACACUUACGGAAAAAGAUGACAGUGCACAGACAAGACACAUAAAGACUUCUGGUAACGCCACUGUAGAUCGCUUAUCCAAGUAUCUGGCUGUGAGGUUAGCUUUUAAAGAACUUCGAAGCAGGGCUGGGCAUGGUGAAUCAAACCAGAUGAACCUUGAUAUAGCCAGUGAGAAGCAGUAUAACAUUUAUAUAGCAAGAGCCAGUGGCCAGUUCCCUCUAUUAAAUGGCUCUUUUUCUUUGGAAUUGGUCAGUGAGAAAUACUGGAAAGUGAACAAACCCAUGAAACUUUACUACGCACAUACAAAGGAGCACAAAUGA